GGGUUUAUGUAUUAUUUAGAUAUUUAAGAUAGCCUAGAUAUAAAGCUGGAUCUCGUUAUAAUAAAAGCGGCGCGGCCAACUCAAGUAACAUAUUGGCGUCGUACACACGGGAAAAUCGCUCGAUUCAGAACAGAUGAGCGAAGCGAGCAAGAAAACAAGUCGGAUAUAUUGAGCAGAGUAUGACAGUAAAUUGUAUGGUAACAGAUGCAAAAAUGCCCAUAGCAUAUCUGCAUUUAAGCCAGUAGCGUUUAAGUUUCCAGUGUCUUUGCUUAUAAUGUGGCUGUCACAUUUUUCAUUGUCAACGUCGUCACUGAAUAUUGAGUCGUAACGACGUUUCCUCGUUUCCUGGUUAUGGGGUGUUUAGUACACAAAGUAUAAUGUAAAAUGGCGGACGUAAAUAAACAAAAAGGUGAUGCAGACGAAAAACAGUUUUCAGGGUAUACGGAUAAAGCUCGCCCGGAAUUGUUUGAUGUAAGAGCGAAGUUGCCGCAACCGACGGAGCUGAAGCCCGGACAGUUACAGGAGGAUUUGAUCAGACAGUAUUUUGAAAAUGGCUACCUGGUGAUAGAAGACUUCUUCACGGAAGAAGAAUUACAGCCUGCGAGAGAUUGUAUCAACCAAAUAGUGGACGACCUCGCACAGAAACUGUUCAAAGCGGGAAAAAUAAAAAAUUUAUAUGAGGAGUGUGGAUUUACAGAGAGACUGACGAAAAUUGAGAGUGAGUUCGCGGGAGCCAACAUAAUCUGUUCAAAACUUGGGGCAGUACCUCAGGCUUUGAAAGAUAUAUGGUCGAACGAAAGACUACUGAACCUCGUAGAACAGCUGAUAGGCCCCGAUAUUGCAGGGAAUCCAGCAUGGAAUUUACGCACAAAAGUCCCAAGGAAUAUUGUUACAACAGUGCCUUGGCAUCAAGAUGUUUCUUACCUGGACAAUGACACGUACAAUAUGCUCAUACCUACAGCAUGGAUUCCAUUUGUAGACGCCAACGAAGAGAAUGGUUGUUUAGAGGUAGCUGACAAAGGUCAUAGAAGUGGGCGUGUAGCAACUCACCAGUGUUGCUGGGGUGAUACUUUUUAUACAAUGCUUGAAGAGGACGAAAUGCAGAAAACGCUAGAAGUUGACUUGGAGCGAGACCGCAGACUUUUGCCGGUAAAAUGUGGCGGACUGGUACUCUUCAACAACAUGAUUCCACACCGGAGUUUACCGAACGUUUCCGAAGGUAUCCGAUGGAGCGUCGAUUUAAGAUGGCAGCGAGCUAGCGACCCAGCCGGUCUAUGGGGAAUGAAAGAUGGAGUUGUUAUGAGAAGCUCUAAAGAUCCAAAUUUUAAAAUAGAUUGGUCAUCAUUUGAUGCGGUUAACAGACACAUUGUACAGACAGAGUAUAUAAAAGGCGGUAAAGCAGAUCUUGAGGAAGAAGAAUUUGAUACAACAAUUCAAGGUCCCUGGAUGAAGAAAUGGGAAAUAGUACACAUGAACAAACACGUUGACAGGUUCAUGCAGCAAGAAGAGACGAAAGGCAAAUCAUGAAUUCCGUGUGGGAACUAUAUACGCAUCGUUAACGAAAAUGAACGAUGGAAGUUCCAUUAUUAUCAAUUAAUAGACAAAGCUAAAUUCAGGUAGUGGAGCCGUAAUGACAGUCGAAAAGACAUCCGUUUGAUUUCGUAUUCUUCAAGUACAAUGCCGCUAUUUUCUGGUUGUUAUGAGAAAAAAAAUCAUUUUUUCACUUUGGCCGAUUAUGGCCGAAGAAUGCCGAAGUAACAUACGAGAAUACGUAAUCAGCCGGAAAUUGCCGAUUGUUAUUACGGGGGAGAUUAUCAAGGUAUAGCACACCUUGAUUUGUAUUGGUUUCACCCACGAGACAGAAAAAUCUAUAAUAUAUAAGAAUUUUCAGCAUUAUUUUAGUAUUUUUAUGAUUGUUCUCUGACUUGUUUUAUGCGUCACAAAAUGACGUCAAACGAAUUUGAUCGUUGUAUCUGUAAAUAAUGUCUUAUUGUUGACAAUAUAUUUACUUGGAAAUAGGACUACAUAGUGAUUAUGUUUUACUUUUUUAAAAUAAACGAGUCAUAUUUCUAUA